AUGAAUGGACAAAAUUUAAACAGGCUUCUCAAUAAUUUCACCGUCAAUAACGUGCAAUUAAGAAAACACAGAAAAACCGAAGCACUUAACUACUGGCAACCGAUUGUACACGCUGUCAUUGACUCAGUGAAACGCAGAGACCGCCGCUUCGCCAGCUCGCACAUUUUUCACACUGGAAGCUAUUACGACGGAUCAAAAGUUGGGGAGCCCGAUGAAUUUGACAUGAUGCUGGUUAUGGACAACUUGGCAUUGGGGGACGAUGAACCGUAUGAAGAAGACGAUGGUAUGAUUGAUCCUCCAAUAGGUGCGUAGGAGAACAAGCAAUUUUCGCCGUCUCCAUGUCGAGCGGCACGAAGAAUCACCUUCACCUAAUACAUAUGCGUUAAACAAAUUAAACCCAUUGUGUCGAGAAAGAUCUGCCGGAAUGAACUUUUUCUAACUCGACAUAAUGACAGUUCUCAGAAAUGUCUUGAAGUGAAUUUUAUACAUGUUUAAAUAUAAAAGUAGCGUAAAGGCACCAAACAAAAUUAUCAUGCUUGUUUCAGCUUAUUUCGGUCUCAAAAAAAAAAGAUCUGCGAUCUGCUUCUAUAGUAAUUGUUUCGAUAUAGUUUUUCAGAGGCCAUACCGAUAUUUUUCAAUCGCUUUAAAAGUGAUUUUAUCCUUGUCCGAUCGCUAUAAAAUUUUCACUAAUGAUUGCCGGACUAUAGGUUGAAACUUGUCAAAAUGUAGAAUUUAGUAAAAUCGAUGUUACUAUCACAAAAAUAAACUUUGAAAUUGAUAAACGCCUAAUUUUGCGCGAUCUAGACCGGCUACUGUAAUCCAACACUAGAAACUUAAAGUUUGGUGUUAAGCAAAAUAACUUCCGUAAGAAGUAAAAAAUAUUCUGUAUGUUUGAAUUCGACUAAAACGAAAAUAUAUUUCAAAUCUUAAAUUUUCAAUAGCCGUGAUAGAUUAUUUAAUAAAAACGUUAUAAAUGACUCAAAGUUUUCUUAUAAGUAGCGUCAGAAUGCUGUGUAAUAUCAUAUUUUGAUGCUGGGAAAUUUUGGUGUAUGUUCGUUCUCGCAAUCUUAAAAACUAACCCGUUUUCUCACCACCUUCUUAGUGCAACUUCGUUCAAAACUGGGACUUUUAGCGCUUUCCUGCAUAUCUCUGAAACGACUCGAACGAAUUUUUUAAAAAUCUCUUCACAUAAUCUUCAUAAUGUAUAUAAUAAUGUCUAAAACUUUUAUUAAGAUUGAUUUACUGCAACACCUUGAAAUUUCAAGACAAACCUGUCCUACGAACCAGUCAAAAAUCCGCUCUACAGCAUUCACUGUUUUGACGUUAUGCUAAUUUUUCCAAAUUAAUGCGGACAGUACAUAUAUCCAUGACUAGUACAUUUCAGUGUGAAUAUUGUCAAUGUCUUACAUUCAAAAGAUGCGAUAAAUUCAAACUAAAAUGUACUAGUCAUGGAGGUAUGUAUAGUGCGCAUAAUUUUGGAAAAACUAGCAUAACGUCAACAGUGAGUUUGUAACGCAGAUUUUUGACAAGUUCGUAGGAUAGGUUUGUCUUGAAAUUUUACGAUGUUGCAGCGAAUCAGAGUUUCAGACCUUAUUAUAUAAUUAUGAAGAUUAUGUGAAGCGAUUUUUAAAAAAUGCUUCGUUUCAGGGAUAUGCAAAAAAGCGCUAAAAGUCCCAAUUUUGAAUAAAGUUGCACUUAUACAGGUGCUGAGAAAACGGAUUAGUUUUCAAGAUCGCAAGAACGAAAAUACACCAAAAUUUCCUAGCAUCAGAAUUUGAUAUUAAGCAGCAUUCUGGCGCUAUAUACUUAAGAAUAAUUUUGAGUCAUUUAUAACGUUUUUAUUAAAUAAUCUAUCACGGCUAUUGAAAAUUUUAGGUUUGAAAUAUAUUUUCGUUUUAGUCAAUUCAAACACACAGGAAUUUUUACUUCUUACGGAGAUUGUUUGCUUAACACCAAACUUUAAGUUCCUAGUGUUGGAUUUUCAGUAGCUGGUCUAGAUCGCGCAAAAUUCGGCUUUUAUCAAUUUCAAAGUUUUUGGUUUAUUGUUGGCAUACUAAUAUCAAUUUUAGUUAAACAGCCAAUUACUGGUGAAAAUAGCCAAUUGCUGGUGAAAAUUUUACAGCGAUCGGACAAGGAAAAAACCACUUUUAAGGUGAUUGAAAAGUAUCGCUAUGGCCUCUGAAAAACUGUAUCGAAACACCUUAAGAACACCUUUUAAAAAUUAAAGAUUCAAAAAGAUAAAAGAGAGCUCAACCAAUCCUGUUGUUUCUAAUUAAGAGACGCUUUUGACUCUUUUGCGCAUGAGUGAGUCAGAAUUUUAUGCUGACCCUCCCAAUCCUUUGGGACCUCGGCAUGGUAAGGUCAAACACAAAGCAGGCCAGCCCCAACCUAACGAGCUUCAAAUACUUGAAUGAAUCAGUUGUCAUAUUUUCUAUUUAUAGAUCACGCAUCAGUUCAAAACUUCUUCUUGUGAAACAAUGAAAACCUCGAAAAAUGAGUUUUCCCUGCCCGUUUUGACAAUUCAACUCAGGAAGCUCCUGUUAACAGGAUAACCUCCCUCCAGAAGAAGGAAUCCUUUUCAGCAGAGCUUUCUAUCCAGUCAAUUAAAGGGAAGUGCUCAUGUAACCCACCCCCACCCCCCUCCGCGCCCUAAGAUAUACAAGAACAAUGCAUUGAGUGAAAUACAAUUCUGAUUCAAAAUUCGAAUCAAUCGAUAAAGAGUGUUUGUUAUUUCCUCAGGAUUUACUCGAGUAAUGAUUGAUAGGGGUGAAGAAAUGUUGUGGCAGCAAGAUAUACAAGAACAACGCAUUCAGUCAAAUACAAUUCUGAUCCAAAAUUCGAAUCAAUCGAUAAAGAGUGUGUGUUCUUUCCUCAGGAUUUACUCGAGUAAUGAUUGAUAGGGGUGAAGAAAUGUUGUGGCAGCAAGACAAUUGUGUUAAUGCACGGGGGAUGUUAAAUGCACAACAACUCAAAGCAGUGUUUGUAAGGCUUGUCAGAGAUUCUAUUAGAACCUUGGGUCAGCAGUAUAGCAGGUAAGCAAACAUGACAAAUAUCUAAUAAUAAUAAUAAUAAUAGUAAUAGUAAUAAGGAGUUUAUUAAGAUUGCAUCCACAAGGUGCAUCUUCGCCUAACAAUACUAUCUACAAUGUGCGCUUACUUCAUGAUAUUAUUACAGAAAAUUAAGAUUUAAAUUUCAAAUGAUAUAUACAAUAAAUUGAGAAUAAGUACAGCAAGCUAAAAGGAAAGUCACAUAAUAUUCAUAAAGGGGAAAAACCAAGAUACGAUAGAAAAAGGUUUGAUAAAAAUAUGCACAUAUACACUUUCUCCUUUGGGGAACAUGGUUUUUUUCGCUCACCAUACGAACUUUCUAUAGUUAGUUUCUUGCCUUAGCUUAUCGGGUAACGAAUUAAAAACAAUGUCGCUGCCGAGUCCUGAAAAGUGUCGCUUUCAGUUGGAAUAGCUUAUAGGCAAUAACAGUAUGAAAUUUAAGGCGUAAGUAAUCAGACCAAGCAACAUCGUAAAAGGGCUUUAAGAAUGGAUUUCAACAGUGCCAGACUGGUUUCUCCUUUCAAUAAUGGGUAGCCAGUUCAAUUUUUGCUAGUCCUCAAAAACAGAAUCCGUCCGCUCAAGUACUUAGCCCGUGCAUGUUGUUUGAACUCUUUGCAGUCAUUUCAUUUGAUAAUCUGGGAGGGGAUACAAGAUGACCCACCCGUAGUCCAGUUUUGACAUCACUAAUGACUCCACUAUUAAACUGCUUGGCAUAUAUGCAAACAUGGUAGGGUGCGAGGUUGUGUCAUUUCCGGAGAACCGCCAAUGCUGUAUACCAGGAUGAAAGAAGUACAGUCACGUGGUCAACCCUUGUUAGAUAUUUGUCCCUGUGAAAUCCCAGUAUCGUAGCUGUAGUGACACGUUCUAGUAGCUUCCCAUUGCAGCUCACAGCUGGAAAGUAAUCCUGUAAUGCGUCAGCUCCAGACAUCUGGAGGGUGGAAACAAGCAUCCACUUUGUUUUAGCUUCAUUCAAUGCGAAGUUUUGAUUCAGAUGAGUAAUCCCCCAGACGUGAUAUUGCGACAUUUAAUUCCAAAACCAAAACUUCCAUUCAUUCACCAACUUCCAAACUUCCAUCUCCAAACCAAAACUUCCAUUGUUUAUACACCUUUUCACGGUAACAGGAUAUUCUUUAUUUCAAGCCUGGGAUUCGGGAUAUUAAAUCAAAAUGGGGAUGAGAUUCGCGAUUGAAUUAGCAUUCACACAAGAGAGAUGCCGGCAAUACCCAUCACAAUUACAGGAUUGAGCAAAAUUUUUCAGUUAGGGUGACAGGAUUUAAGAGCCCUAUUGGGGAUCCUCGAUAUCACUGUAUGUCAAUUACAGUCAUGGCUUCACUGCAAAGUGUUCAACAUUUUUAUUGCACUUCUAUGAUCUAUGGGAGUGACAGUAACAUUGAACAGAAGAUUCCAGAAACAUUUUCUACAUAGUUGCUCAUUUAAGACAGAGAAAAGAAAUAAGUAUUGCACAUCAAUUGACAAUUUCUAUCAUUUUCACUGUCUAUAUUCUUACAGACAAUACUGUAGCUCCUGUCCAAUCAGCACCCACAUAUUCUACAUACAUUGUUAAUAAUAAUCUUGUGUCUUGCUUCAUCUUGGGAAGUCUAUUUUAUUGUUUUUAGUUAAGGUUUUAUAACAGUGACUAUUCACAAAUGAGGCUGUAAGUACCCCGGGAAAGAAAGGGCUACAAAUAACUUUGUAAAAUUACUGGAGGUUCUAUUUUCUAGGUGCUUUUGAUAAUGUUGAACUUGUUUAAUUCAAGGCGUUCAGUUUUUCUACAUUAGGACAUGAACAAACACAGGUAACCCAAGCUCGAAAUAUGAGCAUCGGCGGGCAUCGGCAUUGUUGUGUAACAUUCAAAGUAUAAGGAUUUGUAUGGAAAUAAAAAACCUAUCGUUUCUGUAACCUACGAAAAUGAAAGGAUUCCUGAAUCAAUAAAAAACAGCUUACCUUACUUAAAAUGUGUGUUACGUCUCUCCUGUGUGGUCCGCGGGCCGAUUUAUGGCCGUUUUAUGGGUUUUUAUGUAAACAGUUUUCUCUCUAUACAAAGGUUAAACCUUUAUACACUUUAGUAACAAUAUUAUUUGUGGAACCAUGUUUUUAAUGAGUGACCACCCUUUCCUACACCCAGGGUGGUUGCUCAUAGACAGUUGACUGCAUCUUUAUGUAAAUGUUUAUUAGUACAGAUCCUGAGCACUGAAUUAAAAAAACUUCAUGGAAGUCUUAAGGGACUGAUGUUACCGGUAUACACAGUUCUUUCGUACUAGUAACGAGUCUACAUGUAAUAUUAGGGAAUGUGUUUGGUACGUAACUGUAGGUGAUGUUAUUUGCCCCUGCAAAAUCUGCAGGGAUGCAAUAUACGUGUCUCAGAAGAUCCGUUUAGUCAAUUAGAAGCAAAGGUCUUCCCAUAAAAUCUCUCUGCAAUUUGUAUUAGGAAUAAUUAUCACUACCAAGAACCCAUUCUUGACCUUUCUUCCUAUAUUUUGAUUAUCAUCAGAUGCAUAGAAGUUAAGACCCAUGGUCCUGCAGUAACCCUAGAGAUAACUAACAGAAAUAACAGAAGGAAAUAUUCUAUUGACGUAGUGCUUGCCAUCAAAGAUAAACACUGGCCUGACGAUGCAGAGGAAUGGAAGGAUAGUGUGCGAAGAGGUUAGAACGUUAACAGCUUAAUAUUAUUUUUCCUUUACAACUUGUAUGUGUAUUGGGCACAUAAUAAUACUGAGGGUGUUCUUGUAAAAUAAUGUGAUGUUGUGGGUAUUGAUGACAGAAUUUUACACAGUCAAGCAAAACGUUUGCUCUUACAGCAUUAUUUUUUUCAUCUGGAAGGGAGGUCUGCAGUAACUGUUACUGAUACAAGUGAAGGCCGUGAGCCAGUUUUUUUUUUUUGAUAAGUGUCAGGGCAUCAGGGCCCCUAUUAAAGAGCCCCUCAGUUUUAAUCAAAACCUUCAUCACUGUACAGCUGCAUACAUUAUGAACCAUGAAUACAAUUCCAGAGAAUACAAGAAAACAAGGUGGCAAGUAUAAUUUAAGGUUUUAUUGGAAGCUGCAGACUUUAAAAAUUAUUAAGUCGCCUUGUUAGCUCACAUGGGAGAAUUCCAGUCUACUAAGCAGGGAGCUUUGAGCUCAAACCCCGGCCGGACCUCCAACCAAGGUCUGGUGAGAUCAUGCUGUGAUUAAAACCCUUUCUCAGUUCAGAUAAGUACAUCAUUGGACAGUGACAUUAAGCCAUUGGCCUUGUCGCCUUCAACCCAUGACAUUGUUCAAAAGGAUAAAGGAUGCAAGGCUGCUGCCCAACAGGUGCCACAGGUCUGCGUUUGGGCCACCAGAAUAAUUAUUUUAUACAAGGAGCCCAAACAGCCAAUUUUAUCAUUUUCAAGAAAAACAAAAAUGGUGUAAAUUUUCUCAAAGCUGCAAUGCAACAUAAUGUGGUGUCAGUGAGGAGAUCUGGGAAGCUAUCAUUUCAGUUUUCAUUGAAUUCCUGGCAGUCGUAGACUAGGCUCAAAAUAGUUUCAAAUAAGGAACUGAAGAAACCUUAGAGUUGCCUCUACCUUUUAAGUGCUCACAGACCGCAUAGCAAUGAAGGUAAGCCUGAAGUGUGGUAACUCACAGGGACAACUCACUCUGGGGGAGUAGUAGGAUCUUUUUUGUAAGGUUGUCGAGUUGCUCAAGAAAGAUGUCGUGCAUUUUUCUCCUUUUGCCACAUUAAAGCUAAACCUGUCCUGUACAUUUUUUUUCACAGAAAUACUGUUUGAAAAUAACAAAUCAAUUAAUUCACUGAUUGCAUUAAUUAAUUUUGGGCUCCAAGAAAUGAGGCUGAGGUUCCCAAUUUUUAAUUAAAGGAGCCUGAAGGUCUUCUGAAAUUUUUCCUUGGGUAGCAGCCUUGGGAUAUAGGCCCUGGUGUCUUGGUGUAUAGGUAUCUGAUUUUUGUUGUCUUUGGUCUGGUGUGGGGGAAGGUGAGAAAAUCAAAAUGAAAUAGAGAAAAGUUUGAAAUCAACAUAAAGCCUGACAUGACAUAAUCCCUGUACUACUUUUAGUCACUUUCUUUGAUACAAACUAGAGUGCAUCUAAAGUGAUUUUGUUACUAUACCUCUGCGUCCUGCAUCCGUGACGCAUAAAAAUCCCCAAAGACACACAAUAAUUCAUGGCAUGCUUCCCGUAGGACGCAAAGAUUGAUUGAUCGAUGAUCGAUCUGAACAUGUGUAUUUGUAGAAAUAUCUCGUUUGUGUAAUUUCUGUGGCAGCUAUUAUGGCUGUUGUUGUAAUGACGCAUGUUUCUUUUAGCCUUUGUUGUGCUUUUUAGAAGGACUUUAUUUUGAUUUCAGAGUACACUGUAGUACAGAGUUUUGGAGUCUGUCUUCAGAUUAAUAGUUUGGUUUCAUAAAAGCCCCAAGCAUUUUCAAUUUCGGACUUGUUUUUUUUUUUUUUUAACUGGGACUCACUGGUUCUGGAUUGGGGGUCUCAGGACUCAACAUAACUAAUGUUUUGCAACAUAAUCACUGCAUCUAGUUUUGUACUACAUGUGUAUUUUUCUCUUCUCUUGUGCCAGUCUCAACUAGAUUUAAACAAAGUUGUAGUUGUUGUUGUUGUUUUAGUUGUUUAACUCAAUAAUACUUCAUUCAGGUUGGCCUAACAGACGCCUUAUACAAGAGAUCUGUCAAGAUGGCUGUUACCUUGUUGCAAAGCAACCAAAAGGAGGGAGGAUUCCUGAUCAAGAAAAGCAUUUUCUGUGGCUUUAUUCUUUUGCAGCAGCAGAAAAAAAGUUGUUACGUGAAGGUAGCCAUGGAGAGGCGAGCUCUUGUCGCAAACUAGUUUUUCGAAUUUUAAAGGCUCUGAAAGAGGAGCUAAACUGGCAGCCUCUCAAGUCUUUCCACCUUAAAAUGAUGUUGUUUUAUGAGUGUGAGGAGAACCCCUUACAAUGGAGCUCUGAACACAUUAGUCACAGAUUUAUUGGCCUUCUUAACAGAUUGGAGAAUUGUCUAAGGCACUCAAAUUGUCCUCAUUAUUUCAUAAGGAAUUUUAACUUGUUUGAGUUCUUUCCUCGCCAGAAAUGUGCUGAAUUGGCUGACAGCGUACAGAGGGUUAGAGACAAUCCCCAAAAUUAUCUUGAGUGA